UUUGAAAAAAAGUCACACUACACAUGCACUGAAACUCAUGUUCCCAAAGGUCAAAAUCCCCAAUAAGAAGAGACGUAAGAAGGAGCUGCAAUGCGUUUCGUGUAGCACUUGGUGGUCACCUGAACACCUAGUGAAAGAUUCUUUAUGGGGAAACUGUGUUUCUAUUUUCUGCUUUAAAAAAAAAAAAAAAAACAAGAUUUCACUUUUUAGUGCUGAGUUCUUUGUUAUUUUAAGGAAGUAACAAGAAGCCUUCCAUAUUUUGUGAGGAAGAUUUAUCCUUGUUAGCAUGAUAGAAGUUCGCCUGGCAGAUUUAUGUUGGGUAAAGGAGGAAAACGGAAGUUUGAUGAGCAUGAAGAUGGGCUGGAAGGCAAAAUCGUGUCUCCCUGUGACGGUCCAUCCAAGGUGUCUUACACCUUACAGCGUCAGACUAUCUUCAACAUUUCCCUUAUGAAACUCUAUAACCACAGGCCCCUGACAGAGCCCAGCUUGCAAAAGACCGUUUUAAUUAACAACAUGUUGAGGCGGAUCCAGGAGGAACUCAAACAGGAAGGCAGCCUGAGGCCCAUGUUCACCCCCUCCUCCCAGCCCACCACCGAGCCCAGUGACAGCUACCGAGAGGGCCCGCCGGCCUUCAGCCACCUGGCGCCCCCAUCCUCCCACCCCUGCGACCUCGGAAGCACUACGCCCCUGGAGGCCUGCCUCACCCCAGCCUCGUUGCUCGAGGACGACGAUGACACGUUUUGCACCUCCCAGGCCAUGCAGCCCACGGCUCCCACCAAACUGUCACCUCCAACCCUCUCGCCAGAAAAGGACAGUUUCUCCUCCGCCUUGGACGAGAUUGAGGAGCUCUGUCCCACAUCUACCUCCACAGAGGCGGCCGCGGCUGCGACGGACAGCGUGAAAGGGACCUCCAGCGAGGCUGGUGCCCAGAAACCCGACGGUCCUCAAGAGAGCCGCGCAGAUGACUCAAAACUGAUGGACUCUCUGCCUGGGAAUUUUGAAAUAACGACGUCCACGGGUUUCCUCACAGACUUGACCCUAGAUGACAUCCUGUUUGCUGACAUUGAUACGUCCAUGUAUGAUUUUGACCCCUGCACUUCCUCAUCAGGGACAGCCUCAAAAAUGGCCCCUGUGUCUGCCGACGACCUCCUCAAAACUCUGGCUCCUUACAGCAGUCAGCCUGUCGCCCCAAGUCAGCCUUUCAAAAUGGACCUCACAGAGCUGGACCACAUCAUGGAGGUGCUUGUCGGGUCCUAAGACCCAGGGACCCAGCGACUGUGCCCACCCAGACCCCAGAGCGUUCCCAUAACCCUGACAAUUCUCCACACUGUGCAUGCACCCUUGCUUGCCUUUUUCAGAGAAAAAGAAAAUUUUACAACAGGAUCACACUAGUUUUUGCUUUGAGCAGAGUUGGAGUGCCUUCAUCCAAGUAUGACCACUUGUAAUACACUUUUUUGAGUGGUUCCUCAGAGACCUACUACCCUGGUUUAGGAAAGAAUCCAUUCGAAGACAAUGUUGCAAUGUUGAAUGACAAAAAUAAACAGUUCCAGUGAAGCACAAGGAUUAAGUUGGGAAAGCUGUAAAUUGCAUGUGCAUAUUUGUCUAUUUUUUCUAUAAGUUUUAUUGCAAGAGGUAAAGAAGAA